CAGAUGGCUCCAACAAUUGGAUGUGUUCGUUGUUUAUCCUUAUAAAGGUCAAGGGCAAACAUGGCUGCGUCCAUACGGCGUUCAAUUCAGCUUCAAAAACUUCUUAAAAAUCUGAGAGUUUUACCGCAGGCUACUCCAUCUCAGAGAACCAAUGUUACAGCUUCUGCGUCUUCUGUAGAGAAGUUCUCUAAAUAUGGAGGAAGAAACACAGUGACUGUUCUAACAGGAGAUGGUGUUGGUCCAGAGCUGUUGAAGCAUGUCCAGGAAAUAUUCAGAUAUGCAGGUGCUCCUGUUGUUUUCGAAGAGGUGAACAUAAAUGUUGAAACCACAGAUGAAGAGUUUCUCAACCAGGCUUUACUCUCAGUAGGCAGGAAUGGUGUGGCGUUAAAGGGAAACAUAGCAACAAAUCAUGAAAGUACUGUACCCUCCAUGAAUGUUAAACUAAGGACAGACCUUAAACUAUUUGGCAGUAUUGUAAGAUGUAAAUCUAUGCCUGGUGUACCAACGAGACAUGCAGGAAUAGACAUGGUCUUGAUUCGUGAGAACACAGAGGGAGAAUAUUCUAACCUCGAACAUGAGAAUGUGCAGGGUGUAAUCGAAAGUCUAAAAAUAAUCACUGAAGCGAAGUCUACAAAUAUUGCCAGAUAUGCGUUUGAAUAUGCUAAGAAACAUGGAAGGAAAAAGGUGACAGCGGUACAUAAGGCAAAUAUCAUGAAACUUGGAGAUGGGUUAUUUCUGAAUUGUUGUAGAAAUGUGUCGAAAGAUUACCCAGAGAUUGAAUUCAAUGAUAUGAUCAUUGAUAAUGCCAGUAUGCAGAUGGUAUCUCGUCCACAGCAAUUUGAUGUUCUAGUAAUGCCCAAUCUCUAUGGUAAUAUUCUCAGUAACAUAGCAACAGGACUGGUUGGUGGCUCUGGUGUGGUAGGUGGUAUGAACAUUGGAGAGGAUUAUGCUGUCUUUGAGAUGGGGACAAGGAACACUGGCUUGUCAUUGAAGGGGAAAAAUAUUGCCAACCCAACUGGGCUACUGCUAGCUAGUUGUGAUAUGUUAGAUUAUCUUGGACAUUACAGACAUGCUACCCUGAUCAGAGAGUCUGUCCUCAAUGUUCUCAAUGAAAAGAAGGUUCAUACCCCAGACCUUGGGGGACAGGCCACCACUACCGAUGUUGUUCAAGCUAUUAUACAAGAACUUAAACCCAAGACUAAAGCUUGGUCAGUACAGUGAUACUAGUGUUAAAAUAAAGAGUAAGGUUGGUUUGAAAGUCCAGAGUAUUAUGUGCAAUCAACAUGUUUAGUAUAAUAUAGUGAAAUGAAGCAGUCCUAUUAUGUUCCAGCUGUGUUUGUAUAUAUGGCGCAAUCUUCCUCUCUAAGCUGCUGUGACAGGAUGUAUUCUGAAACAAAAUUCCUAACUAAGCCUCCUGUUUAAUCAAAUGUAUUUUAUUGCUGAAUUUAUGAACUGGCAAUCCAUUGGGCCACAAAGUUCAAAGAAACUCAUUAUAUGAAUAAAAUAGAAGGAAAGCUCUACAAGCAUGUGUGUGUUGUCCCAAGUACUGAAUCAGUUUGUACAAAUAUAUCAGUCUUUGUUAUUUUACAUUGUGCUUUUACAAUUAAUAGUAAUUUUUACACACUUUUUUUGUUGUAUUUAUAAAUGUUAAGAUCUGCAGACUUUAAUGUGGUUUUAUUACCACAAAAUGUGAGUGUAACAUGUAAAUUUUGAUUCUUUGAAAAUAUAUGUAUGUUAAUUUCAUCCCAAUAUUUAAUUGAUGUUUUUAUCAUUGUUAUUAUUCUGUUUCAGACAUAAUGAAUUGAAACCUAUACUAUGUCUUAUAUUAGCAUACAUGAGUAUUAUUGAAUAAUGGUCUAAGUGAUGAAAAUCUUCUACUAAAAUAACCUUCAGUUAUUAUUUCAUUCAGGAUGGAUGACAAAAAUUAUAUAUUUCAUUUUAUAAUCUAUUUUUAAGUAAAUCUGUUUUAACUUACAUUUGCAUUGGUUCUUUGUUCAGCUUAGAGCAAAUACUGUUUUUGUUUUAAAUGUUAAAAUUUGUCAGUAUUGUAAACUGAAAGUUAUAAUUGAAGUUACAGUGUAUCAUCAUCCGAUAUAGACAUUGGUAAGUCAGGGUCAUAGGUCAUGCAAGUAUAAUCUAAACUUGCAUAGAGACUUAAAAUAACCGAUUUUCUAAAAUUGCAGACCAGAUCAAUGACCCUAUAUGAACACAUUUUCUCAAAGUAAAUCCAACACUUUUUAAUUUCUAUUCUGUUUCAGAGUUCUAGAGGAUACUGUUGCUAUUAGAUUUAUUUAUAUUGUUUCAAAGAAAUAAAAUUUUGUUACGAUGUUCA